CACAUGGGGCAGGCGGGAGUUAUCAUCCACUUGCGUGAAUGCUGCUGCUGAGUGCUGGUUGACAGUCUCAGGCGACCGGAGGAAAACAAGACGCCGUCUGCCCCCCUGCAUCCUCCCCUCCGAAGGCGCAGCAGCGGUAGAUGCCACCAUGAAGCAGAAAACACCGGAGCGCUCUUGAGGACGUUUCCACUUCUACUUUUUAUUGGAUCGUACACGCUGCGAUGAAGAAUUAAAGAUUUAAAGAGUUCGUGUCGACAUGUCUAAACCGAUGGAUCACGUUAAACGCCCGAUGAACGCUUUCAUGGUGUGGUCCAGAGCCCAGCGGAGGAAAAUGGCCCAGGAGAACCCCAAAAUGCACAACUCCGAGAUCAGCAAGCGCCUGGGAGCGGAGUGGAAACUUCUCACCGAGUCUGAGAAAAGGCCAUUCAUCGACGAAGCCAAGCGACUGAGGGCGAUGCACAUGAAGGAACACCCAGACUAUAAAUACAGACCGAGGCGGAAGCCCAAGACGCUGAUGAAGAAAGAUAAGUUUUCUUUCCCGGUGCCCUACAAUCUCGGGGAGCACGACGCGCUCAAAGUUAACGGGCUUUCCGCUGGAGCACUUUCCGACUCGGUCAUUGGGAACCCCGAUAAGGCGGCGGCGGCGGCGGCGGCCGCGGCGGCCCGGGUCUUCUUCAACCCGUCCAUGUCCACGAACCCCUACUCCUUUUUCGACCUGGGAUCCAAGAUGACCGAGCUCUCCCCGCCCUCGUUCCCGUACGCGUCUCCUUUGGGCUACCCGCCGGGAGGCGCUGCGGCUUUCCCCGGGACUGGCGGCGUCGGUGGCGGGACGCACACCCACACGCACUCUCACCCGUCCCCGGGGAACCCGGGCUACAUGAUCCCGUGUAACUGUACGGCCUGGCCCUCAGCGGGGCUCCAGCCGCCCUUAGCCUACAUCCUGCUCCCCGGGAUGGGGAAGCCUCAACUUGAACCGUACCCCGCGUACGCCGCGGCGUUAUGAUAGGCCCGCUCCGGACUGCUGUGGACAUGACAUGUGAAAUCAAAACAAGAAGAAGAAGAAGAAGAAAAGAAGAAGCUAUUCAUGCAAGAGUUUUUAUUAUGCAUGCACAAACUUGUACAUGUGAUGAAGUGCUCGUCGUCUCAGAUAUCACAUGUGUAUGUAUAUUGAUUAAUGCCUUUAUCUAAGGUGAUGCUUAUUUAGAGAACUCUCUAAUCUAUUAUUACACAGCCAUCACCUCACUCCACCCCCGGAGGAGAAGAACUCCAGGAUGGCACACACAUGCACACGUUUUAGAGAAAAACAGGGGGGGGGGGGGGGAAUCAGAGCAGGUAGCUCCUGUGAAAAGCUCAUUUUGAAAGGUACCCUGUUCGAUUUCUAUCUUUUGCACCUGCUUGACUAACCUGUUGGAAUCAAGUGCAGCAGAUACAAUGACCACACUAAUAAGGAUUACAGCAUUUUUCUCACAGAUAAGUUGUUGUAUGGUUACAAUUCACGGAUCAAGGAGGAUGUUCACCACACUGUAAAUGUGUACAGAUAAAAUGAUUUUAGUUUAUUUGCCGUUAUAGGCUUAGUGUUUGAGAUAGGGCCAGGAUCCUACGUACUUCACUAGAAAACCCGGUGUAUAUUUUAAGUUUUUAAACCGUUUUAUAGAUGUCUGUAAUAUUUAUUGUUUAGUGGAAUCUAUGGUGACCCAGACAAUUUUAAAAAGGACAAGACUAGUUCUGUAAUAUUUUGCACAUGAAACGUAGAGGUUGUAAUUUAUUUUGAAAGGAAUUUCAAUUUCACUGCAUCGCAACUUUCAGGUUUGGAUUCUCUGAACAGAUUUUUUUUUUCUUUAACCAGUAAAAGAAGAAGAAGAAGUUGACAUUUUCGAAUGCAGAUGGAAGUUUAUUCAGUGGGUUUUAUAAUUUACUUGAUCCCCGCCCUCCCACUCCUCGUAUCAUGUGCAGCAGAAAAAAAAAGACGUUUCUAACUAACUCUUAUGGAAUUUGUAUGUUUUUUGUGUUUUCUUUAAUCACCGUUAUGUACUUCAAACUAUUGCUACUGUUCACUUGUUGAGCAAAGGACUACAAUAAAGCGUAUUCGGAUUAAACG